UCACGCAUGCAUUGUCCGUUAUGGGGCUCAGAUUCUGUGACCUUCUGUGUCCUUGCUGUGGUCAAGAAUGGAGAUCGAUGACAAAAAAUACGUUUUAAAAGAGGUACGACCACCCUCUAAAACACCCUAUUACAUCGCUAUUGCUGCGGCUGUAGUUCUCUGUUUAGUAGGAAUCAUUCUUGUUGGAAUUGGAGGGACGAAUCUGUCAAAAGACAAGAAGGUUUGCAGCAAACGGUCAUUGAAAGAGGCAAUCAAGCAAUCGAAGACAUGCGAUUAUUCGAAUGAAGCUAACCGCGUUGGGCUGGAUGACUUCCUUAAGAAAGUAAAAUCGACUUACUUCAAUAUGCGUCCUAACAAUGUAGUUUAUGAUCCUGAUUCGACCCCUGUGUCUGUUCGACAAACCUUCAGUCCAUACAAUGCUCAUCCCGACGCCAUCCGUGACAGGACGGACGCAGCUAGAAGGCUGUUCAAGGAAGCGGUAAAUCUCGAGGAGAACGUUGACAGCAACAAGCUAAAACCGCGCGAGAUCAAAGCGAUAGCCCAAGUAAAGCACUUUCUACAGAGCAACUUCGGCGCGCCCUACGACGAGAAUUACUAUGCCGGUGACUGGAUGCUUGGACCCAAUAAAUUCUGUUGGCAGCCCAUUUGUGAUGUGGGAAACGACUUGAAGGCUCAUUUUACCUACGAGAGCUCGGGAAUACGGCCCAAAACUUUGGACGAUUUAAACUUUGUCAUUGACCACCUAAAACAGUUAAACGACUCGAUAAUGCAGUACAUCGAGAAUGUUAAAUAUGGUGUAAAGGCAGGGUUCGUUCGCUCUGUAGAAGACUGUCAAGAUGGAUUAUAUUCAAUUCAACGUGCUUACAUCAGAGUAUCGCAAGACGGACCAGAGGGUAUGUUUAUUUCGAUAAUACAUUUUCCCAGUAAUUUUUAAGCCCCAUAAAACCAAAUUUCCUCCCUUGACCUCACCGUUCAAGCCGUGUGGGCCCUCUCCCUCUAGUUCCCGAGAAUUGUGGUCGUUUCACCUGAAAGUCGAGUCCCCCGAGGUUGUUUCACCCAGACGUAAAGUCAACUCGCCCGAUGACAAACAACACUCUACGAUUAUGUAACACGCCUUAGCUAAAAUAGGUCUAGCGUUCUGAACGAUCUUAGCGAUCUUGACAAUCACAUUCGAGAUACUGAAAGACUGUACAUAAAAACUGCUCGAAUCGAUUUCGGACUAGGGAAAAGUCCCAGGCUGGGCCUGUUAGCGCUCAAAGACAUUCCUUUGUUGUGCUGUACGAGGUUAGCAAUUGGGAGACGCCCGGCCCUGGCACUGUAAACGAUCCUGAAAAUGAGAGCACUGUCUUAGGGUUAUUCUGUUUAUGUUUCGGGGUUUUAUUUUUCUUCUCCGAUUACUUUCUAAUUCGUUAUUGUUUAUAUUAUCAUUUGCUCGAGUAAGCGCCUUUGCGCCUUUUUAAUAUUUAUCUGAUCAUGAGAAAACUAUUUUUAUACAUGGUUUACAAAAAGCAGUACCUCGUCAUUUAAUCGCCAUACUCAAUAUAAUCUGUAUGUUACAAGUCAAAUUAGAUUUCAGGUUAAAUUUUUUUUAAACCCAGGUUGAUGUUCAAUCUUCUUUGUCCUCUGGGUCAGCAGGUCCACACAGACCUUGUUGUGAGGGGUUCGUUACUCGUCCCUCGAACCCCUAAGAACCCCUGCGUGGGAGGCUACUAAUGUGCCCAACCUAACUGGUGAAUUAAGUACGGCAUCAAUUUGGUACGGCAGUUUUAAUUUGGUGUCGCAUUAUUCGACAUUGGAACGGCAUAUGGAGGCCCGUUCUGGUCAAAAUCGUUUUUCAUAAAAUUACGCCGUAAGUCAAUUUUUGCCAGUGCAUCACUUAUCAUGGACCGUUGAUCACCGUUGAUCGUUGAUAUUUUUUAUCACUACACAAUACUUUUUUCAGCGUGUUGCUUAUUAUUUCUAGCUGCAUGAAUUAUUUUUUAUUAAGUCAAAUUAUUUUUUUUUAUAUAGUUCUAUGAAACAAUUUUUCAUUCUUACCACGAAUUAUUUUUUCAGUGGUUUUUAUGAAUUAUUUUUACCACAAGUGUUGAGAAUUAUUUUUUUCAUUGUGCUGAUAAUUAUUUUUGGCGGUAUAUCGAUUUUAUAUUUUGGCCUACAAUACAUUGCGGGCUUGUGAUUGACGGGGACUAGCUGGAGUGCCUAUUCCUGAUUUUAAACAUUAUAUUUUUAACAUUCGGAGAUGAAUAUGAGUCUGUCCAACGGCAUAUACUUGAGAUAGCCAAUAAUGCUAUAACAUAAAUCAAUCGAAUUUCCCAGUUAGUGAGGUCUACUCUCACUAGCACUCCGCGAAAGUCGUCGACCUCGAGUCUAUCUGGCUUUGCUUCUAGUGCCCGCCCGUCUGGAUUAGAAUCGGGAGCUUCUUCCUGAAGUUCAGGGUAGGGGACACUCUCAUACUCAGCGUCCUCGUUCCGAAAGCCAGCUUGUGUAGUACGGGACACAAAGACUCGAGGUACAAGAUUGGGUAGGGGACUGUUCAUUUGGGCAGAAAUGACAUGUGCAAUAGCUCACUUCGGAAAAGAGUGAUAGCCUGGGACCCAAACUAGGCGCGCGCGCGUUUAUAAGAUUAUUUGGGGGGGGGGGGGGGGGGGGAAUGGGGGGGGGGGGGGGGGGGGGGGGGGGGCGAAUUUAAACAAACACGGCGAAAAGCGACGUGGAAUGUUUCAGCGGGGUCAAAACAGCUCAAAAUAGCAAAACGGAAGGUGGAAAUGAAAGAAAAAAAACAUAAAAAUGUGAAGCUGAAAGACGAAGAUGUACCUGGGGCGAUUUUACCUCGAGAAAAACCAGAAGAAUGCUAUUGGAGUUCCAUUUCAAAUCAGCUUUCCGAAGGAAACAUACAUAUUCUCGCAGGAUACGUCUUGCCUUUGGUAUUCUAUACAAUGCCAGACUAGGGGAAUUCCUGAAGUUAUUUGUGCGCAAAGGCACACAGCAACUUGCAUGUCUCGUCAUAAUUUAAGGUGGCUGCUCCACUUGUUCCCCCAAACAAUCCCAAAAAUGCGCGCGCGCUCAGUUUGGGUCCCAGGCUAUCAUUCUUUUCCGAAGUGAGCUAUAAGGGUUAGAAUCGUGUACGAGUCGUGAAGUCGCUUGGUAGUCUCCUCUAUUAAAUUUUUCGGCCAGAAAACCUCAUCACCUUCGUACAGACUACUGGCUUCUCUCAGAUUUUGUGAGAAAAGAUGAAAACCUCUUUCGUUCCUUUCCGUGACGAUGUUUCGCCUUGGCAUUCUCUUUGAAAGUACUCCCCCGUUUGCACAGUUUUCAAAAGUCAAACAUUCGAACCAGUCCCCUUCAACUGUAAGGCCUGCAAUGCAAUGCACUGUAGGCCAGAAAAAAAAAAUUCGCGAUACCCCGAAAAAUAAUUCUCGGCCCAAUGAAAGAAUAAUUUGUGGUAUGAAUGAGAAAAUUAUUCGUAUAAUUAUAACAAAAAUAAUUCAUGUUGCUAAAAAUAAUUAUUAACACGCUGAAAAAAGUAUUGUUUAGUGAUGACAAAAGUACACAACAGGUCCAUAAUAUUUGCUGCGCAGUGGGAUUAAAAUUGACUUGUGGUGCAAUUUUAUUGUAAUGAUUUUGACCAGAACGGGCCUCCGUAGCGGCAGGUGAUUCAUACGGCGCACAAUACAGCUCGUUUUCACGUAGUUGCCAUGCGAAAACACUAAAUUGAUGAAAAUGGUGGGUAAAGAAGUCCAAUCUUGCCCCUUUUGCUUUAAGAACACACAAAAAAACUUGUUUACGGUGCAAGGAAUACUUCUGUAUGUCUUGCUUUGUCUUUGAGAAUGAUGAAACUGUCAAGGGCUGGAAAGCAGGCAGUUGAGUCGCAUAUUAAGAGCCAUGUUUCCGAGAAGUUAUGGAACAGCACGAAAAGGUCGAAUGUAAUGAUUCAAAUGAAUCCUGCAAAUAUAGAUAUUUACAGAAGCAGAAGAACGGUCUUCUACAAAGAGGAAAUCAAUUGUGGCGCGAAAAUAUAAUAUCGGACCCAGGCCUUUCUCUUUCUUCGUACAUGGAAUAAAGGUUAGGAUCGACACACGGUACUCCGUCUGAAUCUGUUGCCUCGCCAAUAUCGCUCCAAUGUCGGACCUAAUUCAAUUAGGUUCAGCACAAGAGUGGAGCGGCGUCUGAACCUGGCCUAACAUAUACCUGGACCACUACAGCCACUUCUACACAAAUGCGUAACCACAAAACAACAACAAAAAAAGACACUUAAGCAAACAACACAGUAAACAAGGUAAGACAGGGGAAGUUGAGAGAAAUUACAAAAUGUUUGCUAACCCGAUUUUCAUAAAUCCAUGAAGAUAUGUUUGUAAGGCAAUUUUAUACGGGCGGUGGAAUGAAAAAAGAAGUUGCUUUUUAAGAGUUCGUAUGAACUCGUUUAAACGUUUCCGUGCGUUCCAGAUCGAAUUGGAAUUUGGGAGUGUUGGUUUUUGACGAGAGGGGAAAACCGGAGUACCCGGAGAAAAACCUCUCGGAGCAAGGGAGAGAACCAACAACAAACUCAACCCUCAAUUUCCCGACCGAUUGUUGGUUUUGGAUUCGUCGGAUUUGUGAAUUCGUGUAGAAAUCGAUUAUACGGUUUCUGGCUGCGCGGAUACGUGUGCGGGGACUUAAAUAGUAAACAGUUAAAUAGUCGCCACGUUUCAAGUUGUCGUUUCGUUCGCUGACUUUUCAUUCCUUUUCUCAUGAAACAACCCUGAAAGAAAACAAGAAACAGUCAACUUACGAAGACGCCUUCAGCAGUGCCCAUUUUUUGACACCGCGGCGUUUAUUGGGCACUUGACUCAAAUCUGAAAUCAAAGCCAGUUUUACAGUAGGGUGUUUUCAGUGAAGCAUUGGAACUUGCUUGCUUCCUCGCAGUUGAUUGGCUGACAGCUUUGUCGUCAGUUGCGUUACUGUUUGCUUGGCGGGAUUUUGAACAGUAUCUACAACCACUGUCCGUUAACGCGCUUUCGAUAUCGCUUCAUAACGUCAUAGCGAUGUAAUUUAGCAAAGUUAAGGCCAUCCUUUUCUUUUUCACCGUUUAGCGUCUUCCGACCGACCCAAAUUUUUGGUAUUUUCAAAAGAAAAACGAAGAAGCGACUUAGUUAAACCAUUUUUCAUUUGAAAUAAUUCUUUUAAUCUGAAAAAUGAGCAAAGUAACAGCAUAGAGAAAAACAGGAAAAAAAAAAACAGGAACAUUUUUCACGGUGUAUUGUGUAUUUGGUUAAUCCAGAUGUGUGAAUGUUAACUUUUAACGUCGUCCUUGGGUACCAAAGCCUCCUAUAUAUUCCGAGACUUCUAAUAAUUUUUUUUAGGUUGUUUUUCCAAUCCGACCGACUGACCCAACAUCAAGAACCGCAUUCGUCGAGAAACGAAAAAAAAAAGGGGGGAUAGCCUAAACAACAAAAAACUGCCCUUACAAGUUUAAAUCGAGUGACUGUGUGACCAUUGGUUUUUCUCUUCCGUCUCUUUUUAUAGGCGUUUUGAAUGAAACAUAUACAAAGAAUAUGCGAGAUUCAAAAUGGUUAGACGACCUCAAGAAAAGUGCAUCUGAGGAGUGGGAGAAGAAAUACGGAAAGACCGUUCGGGCAUCCAUAAAUGAGUCGCUAGUUCAAUUCGUAGGAAAACCGCUGGACAGUUUACUGAAAUACUUAGAGUUGGAGCACUCGCAGUACUGUGUCCCAAGUAACAUAUCUAGUGGUUUGGCCACGCUACCUUUAUCAUACAUUUACAAGAAUGGAACUAACACUGGAAUCAAAACAACGAAAACACUACCGACGGGAGAAGCUCUGAGCGGCAAGGAAGCCUAUAAAAUGAUCCUUCCUUACUUCACAACCAAUCAAAUGACGCCCGAUGACGUGUACAAGUUAGGCGAGACAAUGUUGGAUCAGCUUUACCCAAGAGCUGUGGAAAUCGCAAAGGAGAUCACGGGCAACAACGAUACAGAUGAAGCCGUUGAGGAAUUUAAAAAGCGUUUGGAAGAACAGAGCAUGUUUUUUAACGAUGAAAAAAUUCCGGAAAACGAGAGCAACAAAGAUGCCUUCUCAAAGUGCACCAGUAUGGAGGCGGCGAGGAUUUACUGCCCCAAGCGAUACCAAGCUAUGUUGACCUGGUUCGAUUAUGUAAACAGUAAGUAAUAAAACUACUACUUUGUCAUUCAUUUUGCCUAUUAUUAGAAACCUUUAGAUUGGAGGACGAGAACGACUACGUUUACGACAUUUGACUAAAAGUUUUUUCGGGUAUUCUUAGAAAUUAGACACUUCGGAAAGCUUCAUCGGGCUUUUGAUUCACCGAAAGGUCGGCACUGUUACUUUUAUUGAAGGAGGUCAAACCUUCUCCCGAUCGCAAAAUAAUAACACUUUAAAAAAUUGAUAACUUGUUUCCGGCAGUACGAACGGCAUUCUCGCUAAGACUCUUAGUAGAAUGACGACGGCAAUCACAAGUUUUCCCGCCAAAAUGACGAUUAUUCACGCGCGAGCACUUAAUAGUACAUAACAUGUAGUAUUGAGAAAAUCUCGUUUUCGUUGUAGUUCUUGUCUUACAAUGUAAAGAUCUCUACUAUAAUGAAUGGAUUCAAUUUUUAUCUUUGCUGAUGGCGUGAUAGAAAAAGGCAUUAUAGAAGAGUAGCGCUUUGCAGCGCACGGUCAAUUCAUCCAGCGCUUGAUGCAACUUAAACAAUAGAGGAGUUCAUGCUCAUAGUUCUGUCAUGGGUAAUCAGGGCAAGAUGGCGGGAAAUUAGAAGAUUUGUAUUAGACUUCAAAGCCAGCUAUUUCUUCCUGAAUUAAUAUCUUUGAUGCUUUCUCUUUGAAAAGAGUAACUUACGAGUUCAAAGAAACAAUACACUGAAUCUGGAGUGCAAAGAAGUCCUUGAUCAGUUUUUAGCACACCUUGGUUUUCCCACUCAUUUUCUGUAAUUCAGCAGUAUCAAAAUUACAGAAAAUGUAUGGAAAAGUUGAAGUUUUCUAAAAACUGAUCACUUUGAACUCGUAAGUUACUCUUUUCAAAGAGAAAGCAUCAAAUAUAUGAAUUCAGGAAGAAUUAACUGGCUUUGAUUCUAAUACAAAUCUUCUAAUAAUUAUUUCCCGCUAUCUUGCCCUGAUUACCCAUGAUGCAACUAUGAGCGUGAACUCCUCUAUACCAGAGAUGAAAAGAACACAAGAAGGUUAAUGAGAAUGCCAAUUAAGACUAAGUUUUUAUGGCUUUUGGAAUGUCUGCAAAACUGUAGGGGUUUUUAUAAAAAAAUAGCUAGACCUCCUGUGACUUUUUCCAUUGAUAUAUAUCUAGCCGAGUUUUUGAAAACCAACCUAACGAAAUUUGCAGUCAUUGGGAGUGAAAAGGCAUCAAAAGGCAGAUUUUUGGGACUCGUUCAGCUCCAAAUCACACUAGGAUAGGAGAAAAAGAAAGAGUGAGGAGGAAGAAAGGAGGAGAAGAGAAAAAGCAAUGGUUGCACUCUUAGUUUUUAUAAUGGCUACUUUGGAGAUGCCUGUACUGUAUGCUACUCUAUACAAGCCCACUUUUGCAGUCUUCUACAUUCACGCCUUCAAAUAUAAAAAUCAAAGUCAUUCUUUUUGUCAAGAAUCUGAAAUUAAAGUGUGCAAAUAUGCAAUAUUGAGAUCUGUGCAUUUUUGUUUGUAAGAUAUUUUUGUAGUUAUUUAGAAAAAAAAUGUUUCAGCUAAUUUAUAGACCUUUGUGUGAAGUAGACUGUUCAUAGUCUCUAGUUCAGGGGACCAUCUUGGUUUCAUAUAUAAAAAAAAAAUGUAGUCGGGGUUUAUAGCGUCAGGGGAGAGGGGGCUAGGUGUGAAGAGGCCAGGUCAGGGUCCCUUAGAGGCACACAAAUAUGGUGGCCGAAUAUAAACAGACACAUUUGCCAUUGAUUUUGGCUAUCAUCAUCAUCAUCAUCAAUCUUUAAUUAUACACUAAAUCGUAUUAUUUUUACAUAGUCUUCCUAGGAAUCGUGUGUAAAAUUAGUCUAAAAUACUCUAAGGAACUACUUAAAUGUAAAGUUAAAAAUACAAAAACUUAUAUUAUAAUAAGAGUUAUAAUGAGUCAUGGUGUAUUAAGAUAAUCUUUCCCAUGAAGUGAAGGUUUUAAAACAUUUUUUAAAACUAGGCAGGCUGUUUCUUAUCUCGGAGGGAAUCUUGUUCCACAGAACAGAUCCUCUAUUGUGUAGGCUCCCUUUUGCAGACUCAGGUCUGGGUCUUGGGACAAUAAUUUAACUCAGAAUUUUUAAGAUAUAUAGAGGCUAUUAGCCAUCAGUAGAGAAUUCAUAGACAUAGAAAUCAGUUCUCAAUAUUCCAGUUCAAGGGCUGCCAGUUAUGUGGCAAAUGCUCAGAGGGUAAGCUAAUGUCUUCUACCAAUAUGACAGCUUUUUUGCUGGCCAUUAUCAUGCUGUGUGACGAAAGAGCUGCAAAAAAUUCAAACGUGGUGUAUCACAAAAAGCUACCACAAUAUUGCACACAUGCCAUGGUCAUGAUUUGUCAUCUGAUCUGUUUUAUUUUGUUCCUUAUUUAGCUAUCUUGAGCGCCCUUGCUCCGAAGACCAAUCAUAUGUUCCACCAUACCGGAAAGAGGCGGAGCACCCCAAACUGCCCAGUCCUGUUAGUUGCAAACUUUAACCCAGGGACUGGUUCCCAAAGUUACUCAUCCAGCGGUAAAAAAUGCCCCAGGGCUUCGCAUUAUAGGUUACCGUUCUUCUUGAAGGACAUGGGUCCAAGGUACAACGCUAUUUCGGUUGCCGCUCAUGAGGCCAGGCCUGGACACCAUACACAGGUAGAUUUCUUGAUACUGUCAAUAGCUUCUUUAAUUUCUGUUGCUGGAGACUAUCUUAGUCCUCAUGCUGUGUUUUUGAGCAGAGUAUUUUUGUUUCUCAGAUAGGUGCUCGCUGAAACAAAGUGUAGUAGCUUUAUGAGCUAGCGAGCAUAGGGAAAUUUUUCGCGUAAUUUUGCAACAAUUGUUGCAGGGUGUUUCCUGGCUUACUGUAGAACGCUGCGCGCAGUGUUGUAGGUAACUUUUCACUUUGUGGUCCUGCGUAUUAAAUAGGUCUUUUUCCAGAAUGCUGUAUAUGUAGCUCAUGGGUUUUAUGCCCGAACAAGCGAGCUCUAAAGUUAAUCUCGUUUCUUGACGCCAAGAGAAGUUAACACGCCGUUGCUAACGUCCUGAUUACGCCUACUACUAUGGCAAUGCAUGAAUCCAUUGCAAAGUUGUUUGUACAAGAACAUAAGACACAAUUUUCAAUCUUCCUCAAGUCACAUUUUAAAGAAACAACGACAACAACGAAUGCGGAGUCUUUUAGCCACUCUGAUUGAAAGAUGUUGCUGGCAACGUUAGCCUAAUGUUGCACCGUGUGUUGUUCAAGGCUUACAAAAUAAAAAAGGAAAGCAAAUGAAUGAAAAAUAACAGGUGAAAAAAUUUUGUUGAUGAAAUGAGAAUGCUUAGAGACAGGUACCUUCUAUACCGGCACACAAUUUAAACUAGUCGAGGCGGUAGAAGUUGUUGGCUUAAACAAAAUAUGAUAAAUGUAUAUGUAAAAGAACGAUGGCAAUAUUAAUUAAUACAUUAACUACCUGUAGUAACAUCAUUUGCUACUUGUCAGAAAUUAGCAGAGGGGGAGGGAGGGUGAAACAGAGGGAGGAUCACAACUUUUUGAGACUCAGAAAAGGGAGGGGUCAUAAAAAGUGGACCGUUAAAAGGGGAAGGGUCAUGCAAAUAUAAGCACAUGAUCAUGUAGAGGUUCACCCACAGAAGAAAAAGGAAGUUCCUUAUUUGGUUAAAAAAAAAACAGAGAGAAAUAGGAGAGUCAAGUGAUCGGCUGUCAGAAUCAGGGUCGGAUUCUUUAUGCUGUCAUCUAAAAUGUAUGUAUAUAGCUAUAGCAUUACAAAGAACAGAUUAGAAAUUUAUUUUGAGUUUUCAUAAUACUGACUCACCCUAGCGUAUUUCAAGAACUAGUUUUUAUCAUUUAUACAGUGGGGGGAGGGUCAUGAUAUUUUAGGCCAAGCUCAAGGGGAGGGUUAGCAAAUUUCACUCCCAUUGCAGGGAUGGGUCGCCUCAUUUCCGAACCCAAAUUUCAAAUUCCCACCCCCCCGCCCCCCCGAUUCCCUCCUGCUAAUUUCUGACAAGUCCCUUAAUGCGUAAAUCGGUUUUUGUGCAUACGUGAUAGGUUCAAGGUUUUCGUGAACUAUUUGGCGACGACUGCAAGGGCGUAAUAAGUUGGCUUAAUGGCGCCUCAUACUAUACUGCGUUUACAGAAGGCUGGGCGUUAUACGCCGAGAAUCCGCUGAUUGCUGACGAGACGGACACUUACGAUAACGACCCUCUUCAGUUGUACGGCAUGCUCAAGUGGCAAAUAUGGCGGGCACUGCGUCUUAUGAUGGACACUGGCCUCCAUUUCAGAGGUUUGUUGGUAUAUAUACGGUCGCUAUUAAACUUCUGCUGAUUAAAUACGUGGCGAGGUUACGCAAUUUGUUUUAAAAGGUGUUUUAAAGUUUCUCUCAACAGACUCGCUAUUCAGUGAAGCCUAUUCAUCUGACUUAGAACAGUGUCCUGUUUUCAGAGGCCUCUUCUUUUCCCUGGUAUUCGGCGGGCGGGAGGAAAAGAGAUCGCCCGCCGAAUACCAGGGAAAAGAGGCCUCUUCCAGCAGGGAAAUAAAUUAAGGUAGGGGGUGCCACAUCCCUAAUCAAGACGUUUUUCCUUUUAAAUGAGCUUUACGUCUGAUUGUUGUUACCAUUUUUUGCAAACUUAAGUGAGAGUAUCAGAAUUCUUUCCUAUGAUCAAUUUUUUUUGUAUGAAAAUGAAAUCCAUUAUGGCGGCCAUUUGGGUGACGUCACAGGUUCCUAAUGUUACAGGCAGACGUGGAUUUUUGGCAAAACCUUUUUAAAAGAUUGUAACACAAUAAGAAGCUAUGGCGAGGUGCAACUUGCUCCUAAGAGUUUUAAUUUUGCAAGCCAAGUACAACUUGUCUGAUGUGUAGCCCAGACUGAAUCAGCGAGAAAAUUUUUUAUAGUCAUUUUCUAGCAGGUUUUUUAAAUGCAUAUACAGUCGAAAACUCCCGUCAGCGACCACCGAAACUGUGAAGAUUUAGUGGUCGCCUUCAGAAAGAGGUCGCUUCCGAGAAUCAAAACACCGUACUCUCUUUCGAGAAGAUGCCCUGGUACAUCUUUUUGGCAAACAAUUUAUUACAUGCGAUUUCGAAGUAACGAUAUGAGUAGUUCCAUGAUGGCACCGAAACUAAUUCGCAUACCCUUAGUAGCGUAGUACAAACUGCGAACGUAGGGACCAGAUCAAGACUCAAGUGGUCGCCUAGAGGUGAUCGCUUAAGAGAGGUUCCAACUACAGAGCUUUCAGAGGUGGUCGCGCAUGAACUCGCAUGAAACCACUGCAUGUAUACGGACUUCCGAAACAUCUCACCUGAUUCUUUUGCAGGAAUGAAACGAUGGCAAGCACUGAAGCUGUUUGCUGAUAAGGCCUGGGACAAAACAGACAAAGCCGUUAAAGACGUCACACGGUAUCAGAGUGUCCCGGGCCAGGCCACGGCAUACAUGAUUGGUCAACUGAAAAUCUGGUCAAUAAGGAACGAGACGAGAAAGGCUGUCGAAGAAGCGGGAAAAACGUUUAACGAGCAAGAUUUCCACUACCAAGUUUUAUCUCAGGGUUCUUCACCACUCAGUUAUCUCGAGAGUCACAUGAAGAAGUUUGCUGCUUGUGUUAUAGAUCCGGAUGCUGACGGUUGUGAGUAUGUCAUUGGUCCUCCUAUGAAGCAGACCUCUGACGUCAUGGUUAGCGUUGAUAACAAACCUGUGAAGCCAUAUCAACCCCGCCCUUAUGAUGAACACUAUGACUAGGUGGAUUGGUAUGUACGUUGUUGUAGGAUACACAUGAUUUAAUAUAAAAUAGAUUUAUCAUUAAUAAAUAAUUAUUUGAUCAAUACCAAUAUCAAUAAACACCAUAGAACAGACGAGAAUCGAACAAACGAGGCAAUUCUAGGCGAUAAUUAGAUAUAUAUUGACUCCAGACUUGAACACAUUUUUCAAAACAAAUUCUGUACGUUUCAGAGACUGGUUGGCUUAAGUUUGUCUUUCUUCUUGUAAGAUUUUAUAUCGGUUGUUAACUCUAAAGAAUACAUAAGUGCAGAGCAGAAAGCAUCUCAAAUUUUUGCAUUAAUAGAUAUCGCGAUUUUUGAAUGCUUUUUCUGCGAUGAAAUGACGUUUUCGUUUAUAGGAAACCUCGAUGAUUACGUUGAUUCUAGCUGUGGUAAAUCAAAUGAGCUGUAGAUCUACUCCAUGUUUCUAAUAAAUUAAACGUCUGCGAUAUCAGCAUUUGAUUUGAUUGUUUCAGUCGAACUACCCUUGAAAACUACUCGCUGUCCAGCCUUGUAUAUGGUAUGAGUGGCACGUUUUGUUUCUGUUAUUAUUAUUU